UUUAAAGAUAGCUGGCAGUUAACUGUCAGAAAAGUCUCUAAACAAAAACUAGAAAACAUCAGAGAAAAAAUCAGUCAGAGAUUAUAAAUCCAAAUAAAAAAAAAUGGAAAAUUUACAGAGUCUUCCAGAGACCAUGUCCGUGGAGGCCAUCGCGGCCAUCAAGGCCAAGCGCCUGGCCAUGAAGAGCGGCGAGAUGGGGGAUGGCCAGCGGAACAAGAGGCGCAUGGUGCGGGAACAGCAGCUCCAGGAAGACGAAAAGCAGGCGGAGGUCUGCCGACGUGCCAGGGAGCGGGAGCGUCAGCAUCGCGACCGUGAAGAGCAGCUGCUGGGCGAGAAGGAGUUGCCGGGCAUCCUCCGGAUUUUGUCCAAGGUCUACGACUCCAAAAAGCGUCGCCUCAAGUCGAAGGAGAAGGCUCCAAAGCCCGCGGCAAAGGAUCUCUCACUUCCGAUGCCGGGUAUGCUGAAGGAAGUGCCGGUGGUGCCACCGCAACUGGAUACUUUUGACCUCAAACACUCUUCGAAGUACAAUCGCUAUGGCCAAGAGCGUUUUAACCGAAAGAAGCCCGAAUUCGAUAUCGAUCCUUUGGGCAGCCAUUUAAAGGCCGACCAUCACCACAACCCGACCCAGUUGGAACCAAAGAAACAUCGCUCUAGAAAACCCAUUAUCGUAGUGCCGGCGUCCUUGAAGAGCCUGGUGACAUUGCACAAUGUCAAGCAACUCCUGCAGGAUAUGCGCUAUGUGUCGGUCGAGGAGCUGCGCCAAUUGGGUGUCCAGGCCAGCCACGAAGUAAUCAUAGAGAGGAAGGUUCAGGGUGAAAUCGUGCGUUAUCGGGUGAUCGACAAGGUCUCCCGGCUGACCAACGAGGAGUGGGAGCGAGUGACCGCCGUCUUCGCCCUAGGUCCCACGUGGCAGUUUAAGGGCUGGCCGCAGCGCGGUGAUCCAGCCAACAUCUUCCAUCGCGUCUGCGCCUUUCACUUGCACUUCAAGAACUCGCCGGUGGACCAGGAGCUUCAGAAAAUGCAGGUGACCUUCCUCAGCCUGCCGCAGCACGAGCGGCACUUGGACCGCGGCAUCCUGAUGGAGUUCUGGAACAAGCUGGACCAGCACAUCGCCCUGCAUCCCCGUCAGUUUGCAUUCAUGAAAUCGAAUUAGAAACGCCGCCUCCGGAUAGGGCAGAUAGCAGAUAAGCGGGAAAAUCAAUAAAUAAAAUUGAAUAAGCUCGAACAAAGGACGAAAAACACACAUGUGGUGGUGUUUUGUGGGGGGCUGUAUCCUUCGAUAAUAAAAAGCGAACGGGCGCAUCAAAAAAAUAUAUCACGUAUCUAUAAACG